AAACAAAAUAGGCACUAGAAAACUGCUGGGAAAGCGCUAUACAUGGGGCUCUAGUUUCUUUAUUCUAUUUUUAGUUCAAUUUCCGUUUUUAGCAUUUAUCUCUAUUCGACUUGGUCUGCUUUUUAUUUAUAUUAAUCCCUUCUCUCUAACACAUCCUUACAGGUCUUUUCUCUUCGCAGUUUGUCCUGUCUCUUGUACUUCGGAUCUUUUAACUUGCUUUGUAUUCAUCUGCUCCAUCUCAAAUCUGAGCUUCCCGUGUAUGCUGAUUCACAUUUUACUACUUAAACCCAGUUACAUACACCAGGAGAUUUAUAUAUCUCCAACAUGCCUGCAGUUGUCAUCACUUCUCAAGAUGCCCCAGAGUUUGAGGGCAAGGUUACCAUCUAUGUCCUAGUUUGUGUCCUUAUUUCUGCCUUUGGUGGCUUCACUUUUGGCUAUGAUAUUGGAAUUUCAGGUGGGGUGACAGCCAUGGAUGACUUCUUGAAAGAGUUCUUCCCAGUAGUAUAUGAGAGAAAGAAGGUGGCCUUUGAAAAUAAUUACUGCAAAUAUGACAAUCAAUUACUCCAGCUCUUCACAUCUUCUUUGUACUUAGCUGCUCUUGUUGCCAGUCUCAUUGCUUCUAAGUCUUGCUCAAAGCUUGGCCGGAAAGCCACAAUGCAAUUAGCCUCUCUUUUCUCUUUGGUUGGAGUUGGAUUAACUGCUGGUGCUCAACAUUUGUGGAUGCUUAUCCUUGGUAGAAUUAUUCUCGGGUUCGGAGUUGGAUUUGGGAAUCAAGCUGUUCCUCUGUUUCUUUCAGAGAUUGCACCGGCAAGGCUCAGAGGGGGUCUCAACAUCUGCUUUCAAUUAUUUGUAACCAUAGGAAUCUUGAUAGCCAAUCUGGUUAACUUUUUCUGCUCCAACAUUCAUCCUAAUGGCUGGAGGUUGGCUUUAGGUCUAAUCAGUGUUCCUGCCUUCAUUCUCGGUGUGGGUUCUUUAGCCAUUUGUGAGACACCCACAAGCUUAGUGGAGCGCCAGAAACUGGAUCAAGGCAAGAAAGUUCUAAAAAAGAUUCGUGGUGUAGCAAAUGUCGAUCUCGAAUUCGAUUCAAUUGUUCAAGCAUGUGAUUCAGCAAGGCAGAUCAAAGAUCCUUAUAGAAAACUAUUUAGCCCUGCCAGUAGACCUCCAUUGGUGAUCGGAAUGCUACUCCAACUUUUCCAACAGUUCACCGGCAUCAACGCCAUUAUGUUCUACGCUCCUGUGUUGUUUCAGACUGUUGGUUUUGGAAACGACGCUUCAUUGCUGUCUUCUGUUGUUACAGGAAGUAUCAACGUGCUGAGCACAUUCGUUGGUGUUUACCUGGUUGACAGAGCAGGAAGGAGAAUUCUACUUCUGGAAUCCUCUGUUCAUAUGUUCAUUGCCCAGGGUAUCAUCGGAGUGAUUCUAUUGAAGGACUUGAAACCACUUGGGUCACUUGAUAAAGCAGAGGCAAUUAUCGUGGUAAUCUGCGUGUGUGCUUUCGUGAUGGGAUUUGCAUGGUCAUGGGGGCCGCUGGGUUGGCUGAUUCCGAGCGAGACUUUCCCGGUGGAGACGAGAACUUCAGGAUUUGCAUUAGCGGUGUGCUGCAACAUGUUCUUUACAUUUUUGAUUGCGCAGGCUUUCUUGUCGAUGCUGUGCAGCAUGCAGGCCGGAAUCUUCUUCUUCUUCGUGGGUUGGAUUGUGGUGAUGGGUCUGUUUGCAUAUUUCUUUAUACCAGAAACCAAGGGUGUUCCCAUUGACGCCAUGCGUGAGAAGGUCUGGAAAAAACACUGGUUCUGGAAGAGAUAUUUUGUUGACGGCCAAGAUGAAGAUUGAUUGUUUUUAUAUCAUUUUAUAUAAAUAUGCUCUCCCAUGUAUGGCCCAACUUUUUGUUUUUUAUAAGUUUCAUUAACAAGAUAAAUUC